AUGUUGCCACUGAACAGCAGCCAUAUUCCAGCAACAUUCAUCUUGUUGGGCUUCCCUGGUCUGGAAGCCAUCUAUGGCUGGAUCUCCAUUCCAUUCUGCUUUAUGUUAAUCAUAUCAUUUGCUGCGAAUGGGCUACUUCUUCAUGUGAUUAUUAGAGACUACAAACUCCACCAGCCAAUGUACCUAUUCCUCUCCAUGCUGGCCAUCACAGACAUCCUCUUCUUGCUUUCUACAUGUCCAACGAUGCUAGGUAUUUUCCUCUUACACUGCCAGAGCAUUAGAUCUGAAGCUUGUCUCUUACAGAUGUUCGCUCUCCACAUCCAGGUCAUAAUUGAGUCCUCAGUAUUGGUAGCUAUGGCCUUUGACCGAUAUGUAGCCAUCUGCCAGCCUCUAAGAUACACAUCCAUUCUUAGCAAUUCUGUUAUAACCAAGGUUGGCUUGUUCUCUGUCCUCCGGGGAACUGUGAUGCAUGCUCCCUUAGUGACUAGCCUCCUGUUUCUGCCAUACUGCAAAGGUAAUCAUCUGUCCUAUUCUUUCUGCUUACACCAAGACCUUAUGAAGUUGGCCUGUGAUGAAACCAAUACCUUCAACAUCAUGUAUGGCCUCGCAGUCAUCAUCUGCAGCUUUGCUUUGGAUUUGGCCAUUAUUAUACUAUCUUACAUCCUCAUAAUUAGAGGUGUGCUUGAUGUUACCUCAGAAAUGGAGCAGAAAAGAUUAUUUAACACAUGCGCCUCUCAUCUCUUAGCUGUUUUCUUUUUCUAUCUUUCUAACCUGGCAUCAAGUGUAUCAAACAGAUACAUUCCGAUGAAUCCGCUAUUUACAACUGUUGUGACCAAUACUUUAAUGUUUGUUUGCCCCUUGCUGAACCCCAUCACUUACAGCAUCAAGAACAAACAGAUCCAUGAUAGCUUGUAUCAAGCGUUCCACAAACGUGGCACUAUGUCCUAUGAGAACCGUAAGUUUCUUUCCGGCUUCAUCAGCCUGUACCGCGAGGAGGAGUGUCUGUGGCUGACGUCCUCACCAGACUACAGCAACAAGCAGAAGAGGGAGGCUGCUUAUACCCGCAUGAUAGACAUUUUUUUAAAACUAUAUGAAAUUAGUCUUAGAGUGGGUCCGAAAGAAAAUCGCAAGGUGGAGGAGUCCAAGAGGUCAGGGGCCGGUGCAGACAAGGUGUAUGUGCCGCAGCUGUGGUACUACAAAGAUCUCCACUUCCUCCUGGAGAAAAGGUCAGCUACGGAGUCCCUGGUGGUGAUGGCCGAGUUCGAGGAGGGAAGUCUGGACGUGGAGGAGACCGAAGGGGCACCUGAAGAAGACCUCAGCCGUACCCCUGCCCUCAUCAACACCUCCCCAGGGGAACCAACCUCUCCGCAGCGACCUACUGGCAAGAGGAAGCCACGGAAAACAAAAUUUAUAGAAGACCCUCUACUAGCGGAGGCCCGUUCAUAG